AUGAAGAUCCCUCUUCUGUCCCUUGCGGCAGCUGGUCUGUCCAGCGCCGCCUCUCUCCCUCUCGAUCCGCGUGCCCUUCCCAAUGCCCCUGACGGUUACGCCCCGGCCAAUGUCUCCUGUCCUGCCACUCGUCCCAGCAUCCGAUCCGCCGGAGAAUUGUCUGCCAACGAGACCGACUGGCUCAAGAUCCGUCGCAAGGAGACCCUUCAACCCCUGAAGGAUCUCCUGGGCCGACUAAACAUCGCCUCCUUUGACGCCGCCAAGUACAUCGAUACGCAUUCCAGCAACAUCUCCAAUAUCCCUAAUGUCGCCAUCGCCGUCUCUGGCGGUGGUUACCGUGCCAUGACCAACGGCGCCGGUGCCCUCAAGGCCUUCGACAGUCGCACCGACAAUUCCACCGCCAAGGGCCAGCUGGGCGGCCUGCUGCAGUCGGCUACCUACGUCUCCGGCCUCAGCGGUGGCAGUUGGCUACUGGGUUCCAUCGUGGUUAACAACUUCACCACCGUCGGCGCCCUGCAGGCGGACGAGAAGGUCUGGAAUUUGGAUAAGAGCAUUUUCGAGGGUCCCAACUACAAGGGCGUGCAGAUCCUCAGCACCGCCAGCUACUGGAAACAUCUCAUCAAAGCGGUGGACGCUAAGGAAGAAGCCGGCUACAACACCUCCAUCACUGACUACUGGGGUCGUGCCCUCUCCCACCACGCGGACAGAUGCCCCCCCCUGCCAUUGGUCGUUGCCGACGGACGUAACCCUGGCGAAAAGGUCAUCGGCACCAACUCCACCGUCUACGAGUUCAACCCCUGGGAAUUCGGCACCUGGGAUCCCUCCGUCUACGGCUUUGCGCCACUGGAAUUCCUCGGCUCUCGAUUCGAGGACGGCAAGUUAGCUGACGACGAGAAGUGCGUGCGAGGCUUCGACAACGCCGGCUUCGUCAUGGGCACCUCCUCGUCACUGUUCAACCAGGGUCUCCUGCGUCUCAACAAGACCGAUGCCCCCGACUUCGUCAAGGACACCAUGUACAAACUACUCAAGAGCAUGGACAAAAACGACGAGGAUAUCGCCGUCUACUCCCCCAACCCGUUCUACCGCUACCGCAACGCCACCCACAUCUACGCCCAGCAGCGCGAUCUCGAUGUUGUCGACGGCGGCGAAGACGGUCAGAACAUCCCUCUGCAUCCAGUGAUCCAGCCCAGUCGCCAUGUCGACGUCGUUUUCGCUGUCGAUUCCUCCGCAGACACCAACAGCUGGCCCAACGGUGCCUCACUCGUCCACACCUACGAACGUAGUCUCAACUCCACCGGUAUCGGUAACGGAACCGUCUUCCCCGCUGUUCCGGACAAGAACACAUUCAUUAAUCUGGGUUUGAACAAACGUCCGACUUUCUUCGGCUGCGAUACUAAGAACCUCACCGGCCCGUCGCCCCUGAUCGUGUAUCUGCCCAACUCGCCCCACACAUACCACUCUAACGCCUCCACCUAUAAGAUGGAGUACUCCGACUCCGAGCGCGACGAUAUCAUCCUGAAUGGCUAUAACGUCGUCACUCGCGGUAAUUCCUCCCUAGACGCUGACUGGCCAUCGUGUGUCGGCUGCGCGAUCAUCUCUCGCUCCGCAGAACGAACCGGUACCACCCUGCCUAAGGCCUGCGAGACUUGUUUCAAAAACUACUGCUGGAACGGCACCGUCGAUAGUCGGGAGCCGAAGAAUUACGAACCGGAGUUGCAGAUGGAGGAGGCUGCGUCUUCUGCUACCCGCGGGCAUCUGAAUCGGUAUUCUGCGCUGAUUGCUGUCUCGGUCGCGUUCUUGAUGACCAUAUAG